AAGAUGCAUGGGUGUGUAUGUGGAGAGGGCUGCCAGGCUCUGCCCCCGAAAGUCUGGGGCUGGUGGAGGCGGCACCCUGGCCGGGACAGUGUUGCUCCUUUAAAAGUGGUUGCGGGCCCAGGGUCCAGUCAUUGGGAAAGUGGGAGGAAGAAGGGAGCAGCAUGGUUAGACCUUCGCUUCAACCUGGGCUGGGACCAUGCCUCCUGCUGUGGCUGCUGCUGCCCCGGGUGCCCGAUCCCAGGGUGGAGGCUCAGAGGACCUGGCCCUCUCCGUUCUGCCCCGCGGUCUGCGAGCCAAGGCGCUGCCCGCCGCUGCCCACCUGCGCCUCGGGGGCCGCGCCGGUGCAGGACCGCUGCGGCUGCUGCCGCGUGUGCCCCGCGGCCGAGGGCGAGGUGUGCGGCGGGGCGCUCGGCCGGCCCUGCGCCCCGGGGCUGCAGUGCAGCGCGGCGCUCCGCUCAGGGCGCCUGUGGGGCACCCGGCUGGGCACCUGCGGCUGCCCGGCGGCGGGGGCGGCCGUGUGCGGCAGCGACGGGCGCACCUACCGCAGCCUGUGCGCGCUCCGGGCCGAGAACCGCGCCGCGCGCCGCCGCGGGGCGCUCCCCGCGCUGCCAGUGCAGAAGGGGGACUGCAGGGACCGAGGGACCAGAAGCGCAGGCUGGCUCAGGAGCAACUACAACUUCAUCGCAGAGGUGGUGGAGAAGGUGGCGCCCUCGGUGGUUCACUUGCAGCUAUUUAGGAGGUCACCUCUCAGCGGCAAGGAUAUCCCUGUGUCCAGUGGCUCUGGGUUCAUAGUGUCUGAGGAUGGGCUCAUCGUUACCAAUGCCCACGUCGUCACCAACCGGCAGCGAAUCCAGGUGGAGCUGCAGAGUGGGGUCCAGUAUGAAGCCACUGUCAAGGACAUUGACCAUAAACUGGACCUUGCACUGAUUAAGAUUGAGCCAAAUACUGACCUUCCAGUAUUGCUGCUGGGAAAGUCAUCUGACCUGCGGGCCGGAGAGUUUGUGGUGGCCUUGGGCAGCCCGUUUUCUCUGCAGAACACAGUGACUGCGGGGAUUGUCAGCACUACACAGCGAGGGGGCAAAGAGCUGGGGCUGGAGGAUUCAGACAUGGACUAUAUCCAGACCGAUGCCAUAAUAAAUCACGGAAAUUCUGGGGGGCCUCUGGUGAACUUGGAUGGUGAUGUGAUUGGCAUAAAUACACUGAAGGUGACCGCAGGAAUCUCCUUUGCAAUCCCCUCUGAUCGAAUUCGAGAAUUCUUGGCAGAAUUCCAUGAGCGCCAGUUGAAAGGAAAAAAGGCUCUUUCACAAAGAAAAUAUCUGGGUCUGCGAAUGCUGCCCCUCAGUAUGAACCUUCUUCGAGAAAUGAAAAGGCAAGAUCCAGAUUUCCCUGUUGUGAGUUCUGGGGUUUUUGUAUAUGAGGUGAUUCAAGGAACAGCUGCUGAAAGCUCUGGGUUGCGAGACCACGAUGUAAUUGUCAGCAUAAAUGGACAACCUGUUACUACCACAAACGAAGUUAUUGAAGCGGUCAAGGACAAUGAUUCCCUCUCCAUGAUGGUUCGUCGGGGAAGUCAAACUUUGAUCCUGACAAUCACACCUGAAAUAAUUGAUUAAGUACCUUGACUUAAAGAUGAAUUAUUUAACAAAACCCAAGUUAUAUUACCUUGUUUGUAUUGAAGAUGUGCCAAAGAUGGCUAGGGUUUUUAGGAUCUUUCUUAUAAAGGAAAAUGAAUGCUUAAGUAUGCAUAUGCACACGCGCACAAACACACACACACACAAACAAACACACACACACACACACACACACUUGGGAACUAUUAGAUUGGGGGUGUACUGCUAAGAAGCUUUACUAAAAAGGAUGUGGUGCCAGGAAGUCUGGGAAGCUGAGAAAAUUUUGUUUAAAGAUAGGAACAACUGGGAAAAAGGCAGUUUCUAAUUUAACCUUGACAGAAGGGCCCUUUAGUAUUGUUAAACUUCCCUAUAGCUACAAACUCUCUCUCUCUCACACACACACACACACACACACACACACACACACACACACACGGCAGGGGUCCUGCUGUGCACCCAGACCUGCCUUCUGGGUUUGGCCAUUUCGGCAAAGUCUGGGCAGCCCCGCUGGCUGCCUGGACCUGGGUUUCCGCUGUGGCGCCUGGUCCCUGGGCAGGUGAGUGCCCUCCCAGGAGCCACAGCAGCCUGGCUUUGUGGGGAUGGGCUGGCUGGUUUGGGGAAGGAACCCCUGUCCACCAAAAAAACAAAGAAUUACCAGAACUCUGCAGAGCAUCUGAGACCUCCCUUGACACACUCUCCACCACUCUGGCUCUGUCCCCGGCCACCACAUUCUGGUCCUUGAAGCAAGUGGCCGCACUACUGAACAGAGUGACAGGGGCCCGGAUGGUGGGAGCCAGGUGUUCCUUGCUCUUCUUGUCCAGCUGGGACCAGAGGGAGCCCAGGCAGCGGAGGGCACUUUUUUUUUUAUCAGCUCUUGCGAAGCAGGGGGAGUGUCACCUGGCUCUCUCACACUUAGGAUCAGCAUCCAGUCAACCCU